GGUUCUGGAUUACUCAUCCAUUGACAUCACUCUGCCAUUGUUUCUGAUAAAUGCUAAUUGUGAAAUUAUUUGGAAUAUUCUGAGGAUAUGUCAGGUUGGCAAAGAGACAGUACAGACAACUGAAGAUCAGGUCAUGAAGAGGGAUAUGCCACCAGCCUUCAUCAAAGUUGAAAAUGCCUGCACUAAAUUGAUCCAGGCUGCACAGAUGCUGAAGGACAAUCCAUAUGCUGUACCUGCACGCGAUUACCUCAUUGAUGGUUCUAGAGGUAUUCUUUCUGGAACUUCAGACUUACUCUUGACGUUUGACGAAGCGGAGGUUCGUAAAAUCAUCCGUGUCUGCAAAGGCAUCUUGGAAUAUCUUACAGUAGCUGAAGUGGUCGAAACUAUGGAGGAUUUGGUGACUUACACCAAAAAUUUGGGUCCAGGAAUGACUAAAAUGGCUAAAAUGAUUGAUGAAAGACAACAGGAAUUGACUCAUCAAGAGCACAGAGUUAUGCUGGUAAACUCCAUGAACACAGUGAAAGAACUUCUUCCUGUACUGAUUUCAGCUAUUAAGAUUUUUGUAACUACGAAGCAGUUCAAAAGCCAAGGAGUGGAAGAAGCUCUAAAGAACCGUAACUUCACUGUGGAGAAGAUGAGUACUGAAAUCAAUGAGAUCAUUCGUGUUCUGCAGCUGACAUCCUGGGAUGAAGAUGCUUGGGCUAGUAAGAAGGAUACAGAAACUAUGCGAAGAGCUCUAGCUAUGAUUGACUCAAAGAUAGACCAGGCCAAGAAUUGGCUAAGUGAUCCCAAUGCACCUCCAGGUGAUGCUGGGGAGCAGGCAAUCAAACAAAUACUGGAUGAAGCUGGCAAAGUUGGAGAACUUUGUGCGGGCAAAGAACGAAGAGAAAUUCUAGGUACUACCAAGGCUUUAGGCCAGUUGACUGACCAAGUAUCUGAACUCCGAGCCAGAGGUCAAGGUGCAACCCCUAUUGCCAUGCAAAAAGCACAGCAAGUAUCUCAAGGACUCGACAUGUUAACAGCUAAGGUGGAGAAUGCGGCCAGGAAGCUGGAGGCAAUGACAAAUUCAAAACAGGCUAUUGCCAAGAAAAUAGAUGCUGCUCAGAGCUGGCUGGCAGAUCCACAUGGAGGCCCUGAAGGAGAAGAGCACGUCCGUGGUAUUUUAACAGAAGCUAAGAGAAUUGCAGAUCUUUGUGAAGACCCCAAAGAACGGGAUGAUAUACUACGUUCAAUUAACGAAAUUGGAGCAUUGACAGCUAAGCUGUCUGACCUGAAAAGGCAAGGUAAAGGUGAUACUCCAGAAGCACGUGCUUUGGCAAAGCAAAUUGCUACCACACUACAGAAUUUGCAGACUAAGGCAAACCGAGCAGUGGCCAAUAGUAGGCCUGUAAAAGCAGCAGUCAAUUUGGAAGGCAAAAUAGAACAAGCCCAGCGCUGGAUUGAUAAUCCGACUGUUGAUGGGCGUGGUGUGGGCCAAGCAGCUAUUCGUGGACUUGUAGCUGAGGGACGUCGACUGGCAAAUGCAAUGAUGGGACCCUAUCGGCAGGAACUCGUUGGAAAGUGUGACAAAGUAGAACAGCUAGCUGGACAACUUGCAGAGUUGGCAGCUCGGGGUGAAGGUGACAGUCCCCAGGCCAGAGCAGUUGCUGCACAAUUGCAGGAUGCACUAAAGGAUCUAAAAGGCAAAAUGCAAGAAGUCAUGACCCAGGAAGUAUCUGAUGUUUUUAGUGACACGACCACUCCAAUUAAGUUGCUUGCUGUAGCAGCAACAGCUCCACCAGAUGCACCAAAUAGAGAGGAGGUGUUUGAAGAAAGAGCAGCUUAUUUUGAGAACCAUGCUGCCAAGCUUGGUGCCACAGCAGAGAAAGCUGCUGCUGUUGGGGCUGCAAAUAAAAGCACAGUGGAAGGUAUACAGACAGCUGUGAAAUCUUCCCGGGAGUUAACACCACAGGUGGUUUCAGCUGCUCGCAUCUUGUUGAGAAAUCCUGGUAACCAGGCAGCCAAUGAACAUUUUGAAACCAUGAAGAACCAGUGGAUUGAUAAUGUUGAGAAAAUGACCGGUUUGGUGGAUGAAGCGAUUGAUACCAGAUCUCUCUUGGAUGCCUCUGAAGAAGCCAUCAAGAAAGACAUAGACAAGUGCAAGGUAGCCAUGGCCAAUGUACAACCCCAAAUGCUGGUUGCUGGAGCAACAAGCAUUGCCCGUCGUGCAAACCGAAUUCUACUGGUCGCAAAGAAGGAAGUCGAAAAUUCAGAAGACCCAAAAUUCCGUGAAUCAGUCAAAGCAGCAUCUGAUGAUCUAAGUAAAACUAUCUCUCCUAUGGUAAUGGAUGCUAAAGCUGUCGCUGGGAACAUUUCAGAUCCUGGUUUGCAGAAAAGUUUCUUGGAUUCAGGAUAUCGAAUUUUAGGUGCUGUAGCCAAAGUUAGAGAAGCCUUCCAGCCUCAGGAACCAGAAUUUCCUCCUCCUCCACCUGAUCUAGAUCAACUUCAUUUGAAUGAUGAACCUGCUCCUCCCAAACCACCACUUCCGGAGGGUCAGGUUCCUCCACCAAGACCACCUCCCCCUGAGGAAAAAGAUGAAGAAUUCCCUGAAAUGAAAGCUGGAGAAGUGGUCAAUCAGCCUAUGAUGGAGUCUGCCAGGCAGUUGCACGAUGAAGCCAGAAAGUGGUCUAGCAAGGGUAAUGACAUCAUUGGUGCUGCAAAGAGGAUGGCCUUGUUAAUGGCAGAAAUGUCACGACUGGUGCGUGGUGGUAGUGGAAACAAACGUGCCCUCAUUCAUUGUGCUAAAGACAUAGCUAAGGCAUCUGAUGAAGUGACACGAUUGGCAAAGGAAGUUGCCAAACAAUGUACUGAUAAGCGAAUCAGGACUAACCUUUUACAGGUGUGUGAACGUAUCCCAACUAUCAGUACACAACUUAAAAUUCUUUCUACUGUGAAAGCUACAAUGUUGGGACGCACUAACAUUAGUGAAGAGGAGUCUGAGCAGGCUACAGAAAUGUUGGUUCACAAUGCUCAGAACCUGAUGCAAUCGGUUAAGGAAACUGUACGAGAAGCAGAGGCAGCUUCAAUUAAGAUCAGAACAGAUGCAGGAUUCACCCUUCGUUGGGUUCGGAAAACUCCAUGGUACCAGUAAAAUGAAGAGUAUUUCCUAGUCUUUGCCAUCUUGCUGCAUUAAGAGAAAAUUUCCUAUGGAUGAACAAAAUACUCUACAUCUAAUUGGAGUGUAAAAGGAAUCAAAAUGGCAAUGUAUUGUAGUGUUAACAAUUCUAAUCUACAGCUUUCACUAGUAACAAAACCUUUGAAAGUUAACAGUAUAUUCAUUUUGUGUAUACAAUAUUAAUUUGAAUUAUGAAAUGAUUAGCUUUGUUUUACACUUGGUUUCCUAAAAUUUCACAUUAAGAACGGUAUAUUGCUUCAACACCUAUUUCUCAUUUAUCCCUAUUAAACAGAAUGAAUCAUACAUUUAAUCUGACAUAGAAAAGAUACAGUGAAGCUCUUGCUUGUUCAAGACCUGCUAUUUACAAAUAUGAAGAACUGCUGUAGUCAAUAGACAAAAUGUGUAGCUUUAAUCUAUAACCAGCUUAAUAUUAACUCAAGGUUUUUUCUUCCAAUGGGGUAUGACACAUUUUGGUGUACAAUUUAUGUACACUAAUGAUCUGGGAGCCAUAUGUCUGAUCUAUCUUGACCCUGAAGAUAGUAUUGAACACAAUGACAGUUACACAGAUGUACUUGCUGUGGCCAAGCUGUGCUAUGGCAGAAUACAUGCUCAGUUGAUUAUUAAGUUUGUUUAUUUGCUGUUCGUUAGGUCCCUGAUGAUUGAUUCAGUUGUUAAGCCAAAGACACUAAGAUGUUAAAUUACUUUGAUUGGCAUUGUUUGAGAAGUGCACUACCAAUCAUGGAACAUAGUCUAUUAUGUCAUCAGUAUUUGGCCUGAUGGAUCCUGAAUACUAGUAAUUGAAAAGUGCACAUAUGAUUAUCCAGUAUGAAUACAUAAUUAAUUUGCUGAAAUUCUGGUACAGUGCACAGGCUAAGAUUAAGCAUGGUGCUGUUUUGAAUAUAUUUAGGUAUUAGGAUCAAGUACUGAAGGAAUUAUUAGUUUUUACUAACUCCAUCACAUGUUUAAAUCUACAUUAAUGUAAUCUCAAAGUCUGGACUGAAUCAAAAAUGGUGCAAUGAUUAACAGUUUAAAAUGUUUGUCAAUUGAGAAAUUAUGCUUUUUAAUGAAGUGAUAAUUGGAUGCAUGCUAAGUGGAUAGAAUGAUUUUAUGAAUUACAAAAUUUCAAUUUGGAAUGGUUCAUUUGUGAAAAUAAACAAAUGCAUGUUAAUUAUUGAGGGAAAUUGAUUGUUCACAAUAUUUUGAACAGCCAUUUUUUUGAAAUAAUGUAUUUGUUAGAAUUUGUGUAUUUUUAAUCUGAAAUGUAUACAAUUGCUUAACAAUAUGUUGCUCAAUUUUGCAUUGUGCAUACUUUCCACAGGGAUCUGAAAGAACAAGUGUUUCCAACGAACAGAUUUGAGAAUGGUACUUGUGUACAAUUGUUGAAAAUGUGUAUUAUUUCCAUGUCACAAGUUGAAGUAUUAGAAUAUUCAACUAGUUACAAACCUUCAAAAGAACUCAUUCCCCCCAUUUUAAAUGACUUUCAGUAAUUGCUGUCAAAAAACAGUAUUUGAACUGCAUUUUGGAAAAUGUCCGAUGUAGACUAGUUUCAAAAAUGUUGCAAAUUUAAGAUGGAGUUAAAGAUGUAGAAAACAUGGAAGAUAAUUAAGUUAUUAUUGUGACAUUUGACUUGUUAAAUAAUUUGCCUGCAUUUAUAUUAAAACUGGCAGUUACAUCUAUAAUUAAAAUUUCACGCACAUGCAAGUUGUGGCGUUUUUUUGCCAGCACAUUUUCAAAUCAAAUUAGAAAAUGAAAAGGGAUGAAAAAUGAAACUGUUACGGCUGCACUUCUUAAGGGACUGAUGCUUAUUUAUCUCUGCCUAAUUGGCUUUGAUAGGCAUCAUGAUUGCAAUGAAGUUAUAAAAGUGUAUUACUUCUAUGUGGAGAGCAUUGGUGUACAAAAUGCUGGUGAUUACUUAUUUAACAGUUUAGAAACUGUUGUUGCCUCAAUUAAGUGUAUCUUAUUGGUAGUAACUACUAAAUUCAAUACUUUAUUCAUGUUAAGUUUUUUUUAAUUUUUUCUUGGGAGGAAGUGUGUCACUGGCAAGGCUAGCAUUUGUUCUUCCUCCUUACUAUCCUUUGAACUGUUGCUGGAGGCAGCAGUUCAAAUUGAUAAGUCAAAAGAAAUCUUGGAACUAUUGUUUGUCCAUCCAGUACUUGGCAGCUGUGAAAAUUAAAUGACCACAUCCCUACUAUUCAACUUGAAAAAACAUAAGUAUAAAUGGAAUGUGCUGUAAUCAAGCAGUAGACUUUAUCUUUGAUACAUCUUUUCUAAAUGAAGAUAAUAUUAAUACAAAUAGGGAAACAAUUACACUUCAGUUCCAGUACAUAUUUUAAUGGUUGUUACUUCAUCAAAUUUUUAUGUGAAAGAAUAUUUAUUCUUCUAAGUCACUCAAUUUAUCAAAGCAUUGUGAUUUUUAAGCCAUGUUUGUAGAUUCGCUAUUUUACUAUAAAGCCUAAAUACAUUGUAAUUUUACAUCGGAUACUGGAUUUCUAAACAUUAGUUUCGGAAUUAGGAUUAUGUUCAGACUGCCAGCUUCAGUUUAGUGGAGGGCAGUGAAAUUGAGGUCAAACUCUAAUUGUAAUAUGGUCUAAUGUAUUGUACCACGUAAUAAAUCAUGUAUCAAAUACC